CUGACUGACAGUGUCGACUCGACUCGGCAUAUAUAACAGCUGCUUAGAGGAGCUGGGCUCCCAGAUGCGAUGCAGCCUGUACAGUGCCCCCACAACCGCACCACCCCGCCCCCGCCCUCGUCCCCGUCCCCGUGUCUUCUUCUUCCUCUCGCCUAGUGUGUUGGCUUCGGGCUUUCGCCUUGGCUAGCUGAGGCGGAGCUUCUCCCUCCCUCCCUUUCUUCCUUCCUUCUGAAGACCAGGAAACUGAAGGUAGCUGGGCUGCGGGUCUGGCAAUGCCGCCACCCAGGGGGAGCCGGCCGGCGGGGUGCAACGGCGGAUCUAUGCUACGGCUGCUCGUCGUCGCCUCCCUCUGCUGCGGUUGCUUCGUCGUCGGGCGCUGGGGGAGCGGCGUGCUCCGGCCGGAUUCUGGGAGGAUGGCAGGAGCAGCGAUCUACGCCGGUGAUCUGGACGGCUACCACCAUGGGGGCGGCAGGCGGCGGCUGCUGGCCGGGGGCCCCGGCCCCGGGUCGCACCCGCCGCGGUGCACGUCCAAGUGCGGCAGCUGCAGCCCGUGCGUGCCCGUGCACGUGUCCGUGCCGCCGGGCGUGCUGGUCACCACGGAGUACUACCCGGUGGCGUGGCGCUGCAAGUGCCGCGACCGCCUCUACAUGCCGUGACCACCGGCCGCCGCCACAUGCAGCCCGCGCGCGUCGGUGGCCUCGGUCGAACGUCCGGCGGCGGGAAGAAGACGCGGCGUGUAGCGCCGGCCGCCCGGGCCGGCCGCCGAGCGUACGCGACCGCAUACGUGCGUA